AUGGAGCGGGACCUCAUGGGGUCAUCGACUGAGGUCGGGAUCAGGAUCGGCAGAUGGGCAAACACUCCCUCUAUCGACAGUUCGUCAUUCCACACAAUCAGCACAAUCUACUUCAUUCAAGCAUUUUUUCCCGAAAGAUCUUUGAGAAUUUGUUACACCACUGCACAAGCUGUACAAUUUUAA